AUGAGUAAGCAAAUGGAAUUGGUGAUUAUAUAACAAUCUAAUAAAUUGAGCAGAAUUGGAAUGACUAUAAACUUUUCAUCAGAAAUUGAAGUUGUAAAUGGAGUAAUUCAUAAUGAUAAUAAACCUUGA